GAAAUACAGUGGUUUGAAAGGAAAAUCAUUAUUUUGACGAUCAGCAGUGAGCAAACGUCUACUCUCUGAUCUCAUCCCAACAAUAUAAUUUAUUACCAGAAAUUUUAUUUUCUCGCCUUGUUGUCAUAGAAACAAGUUUAAGCAGGCCCUGCCUAACGUAUUAAUAAUAACUGAAACAAAUGGUUUGCCAUUUCACAAUAACCUUUUGUAAUCUGCUCGUCCGUUGAACUCAACUAAAAUAGUGAAAGUGAAAUUCCAUUUUAAACCAUGUAUUUUUGCAGGCACCAUCAGUGAUAGACGGCGCUGGAAGCUACGCCACAGUUGGGAUGUCUUGCACCUGGACCUUGCAGCCACCUCUCGAACUACCCUCAUCGCCCUCUCCCUCUGCCACUUGCAAACAGACUCGCAACACUAGCAGUUUCUCGAUUACUUCUAUUACUCCGCCCCUUUGCCCAAGGCGUCGAGCAACUCCGGAGAUCCAGGUCCAUGGGACUGCUACUUUACACGACCAAAGCUCCGAUCUAGCCCAAAAUGAGGCACCCUUCGAAUUUCCCGUGGAAGUGGAGCGAAUGGUGUCCGAGUUGUGUAGCUCCUCAAAGGAGAGUCCUCCCACGUAUGAGUCGUUCGGCCUGAGCGUGGGUAUCGGCCUUGACUAUGGCGGCCUGCACUUCAACGAUUCGAUUUCUGCACCCCCCACCCCCCCUGCCAAGCAGCGCAGCCCCUUCAGCCUCCUCCAGGUGCCCCAGCAAGUGCCACCGCCACCGCCAAUCCCCGUGAGGGCGGCGGCCGAAGUGCAGCCCAUACCCACCCAAGCAGCCUUCCACUGCGCGCCAGGACUUCGCUUCAGCGAGCCCUCCCCAACUCCCAUCCGAGCCGACCCGCCCCCUGCGAACCUGCCGUACUUCCCCGAAAGCUAUCCUUUCCCCAACGCGUACCACUACGCGGGUAAGUCCUCCCCCCAGCCCGGGGUCGUCCCGACAGGAUCUAUCCUCACGGAACUGCCCCUGCCCGACGGCGACACUAGUUUCCGGGAGCUGGUGGUCAAAGGCUGCCUCGAGCUAGAGAGCAUACUCCGCGUCCACAAGCAGCACUCGUACAUCGGCGACCUGCUGACCUUCUGUCACGCCAUCCGCGAGUCGGCGGCGGCGGCCGCGGGCGGCGAGUUUGACGCGCCGAGCGAUGAGACGCGGGCGCUCAUCAUUGCCUUCUUCCGCCUGGUGAGCUGCUGGCUCGGCCUGUUCCCCUGCCAGCAGGAGCUGCACUCCGCCUUCAGGGAGUGGCAGCAGGCCUCGCGCAGGGUCAUCGUCGCCAUCCUGAGGCGGGUGCCGGCGCUGCAGCAAGCACAGCAGCACGCGCGCGAGCGGCUGCUUUCGGAGGGCGACCAGUGGCGGCCCCAGCACGCCUCACCGGCCCCGCCCCCGCCCAGCAGACAGGUGUGGCCCAAAGGCCAGGCAAAGGGGCCCGGCAAGAACUCCCCAAAGACCCUCCCCCAGAAGAGUGCCCUCCGAGGGCCGGCUAGCAAGGACUGGUCCGAGCUGGCGAGGGUGGACGGCACCCGGCCCGGCCCCAACCUGUCGAGGAGCACGACGCUCCCGCCGCCGGCCUGGCGUGCGGAAGACACUGGUGCGGACGCGAACCAGGUCGAGUCCAGGGCGAGCACGCGCCUGAUGGGCACGGGGACCGGGCCGCCUCCAAGCCUCGACUCCACGUUCGCGGGCGGGGGCGCCGUGGUGUAUCCCCUGUCCUUCAGCGAGAGCGCGACCCCACAGCGGCCCAUAGGCAGCGCUAAGGCGAGCAGGUCGUGGCGCAGCCCCCCGGUGGCGGAGACCCCCAGGACCGCAGGGAGGCACCACGCGCCCGUCGUCAGAUUCGACCUGGACGGCUCGGACGAGGUGCACCAUGGCGCAUACAUGAAGCCCGGCUGCUACGACGUCCCGAUGCGACAGAGCACGCCGCCCGCGGCCCCCGCCGCCCCGCCGGGCAGCCCCCUGGAGAGCAACGCCGCCGCCCCCCUCACCUACCCCCUGACCACCCCUGCGCUGCCCCCGCUGCUGCCCGCCUCCAUGACGAUGCUGCCGCCGCCCCUGUUGUCGGAGACCACGUGGCAGGCCGCGCUGGCCUCCGCCGAGACCCUGAGCAAGGCGCUGCAGUCUCACGAGGACGCCGGGCGGGAGGAUGGAGCGGUGGAACAGGCGAUCGAGAUCUUGGGUUUCGUGGACGGCGACGCUAUGAGCCACGCGGGCGAAGUGGAUGACCCCGGGGGCAUGCUCACGGCCGCCAACCCUCAGGCGUCCCGCGGGUGGCUGCCCCUCGCGCAGCUGGAGGUCGCCGAGCAGCUAGUUCCUACCUCCUUCACCGUCAACGAGUCACGAGCGAAGGACUUCUCGAGCAGGGGAAAGAAGGUAAAGCCCCGAGCGGGGGCGUCGAGCUCGGGCAGAGUGACCCGCGUUGUGGGACGGAGUCGAUCCUGGAGCAGGGGGAUCCAGUCCUGCACCCAGGCCUCGGCCCCUCAGCUCAGCCCCACCACGGCGCGGAAGGCGAAGGACAUCCUGGGCGCGCUGUACGACCUUCACAAGGCCGAGGACACUGAGUUUGAGGAGGGAGCGCCCUUUGACCUCGACUCGAUGUCUCAAAAACUUGAGUGUCAGGCUUACGAAACACUCGAUCAAUUUGAACAGGACUUUCGCCGGGUCUUAUUUAAUCACACCAAUUGCAGCGGGGACUCGGCCAAGGUGUGCGCCGGGCGCACCAAGGCUCUGGAGAAGGUGUUCGACGACCUGCUCGAGCACCACUUCUGCUCCAGGAAUCUCCAGGACUCCGAGACCUGCAGGAAUCCAGGACUCCAGCUUGAGGACCCGGAUCGGAUCCCCGCAACGAGGACGGCGGCGCACUCCGCCCCGAGCCAGAACGACGAGGAGGGCACAGGGGAGCCCGAGCCCACCUUGUCCAUUGCGGAGAACCUCGUCUCCGCCGCCGGAGUGGGAGCGGGACAGCCGAGCGGUACCGAUGGUGAGGAAGCGCCAGCCAAGAACGAAGAGUGAGUUGGGAGGGACUUCCCUCGAAGAACGAAUCCGAGGAAACUCUGUGUAGCGAGGAAACGGGAACGCAUGAGUAGGUUUAAGCUAAGUGAAUGGUGCUUUAUGUACUCCAACCGUUUCAUAAUUUCCGAUUUUCUCUGUGUAAUGUCAAACAUUUGGUCUCUUGUAAUCUGUUAAGUGUACGUUGAAUUCUAUAGGAUCGUCUACAGUGCAGUGUAAUUGUGAAAAUAGCAUGUGAAUCAGGAUACCUCCGCGUGAAUGUGUCAAUGGCGUUUUAAAGACAUUGUGAUUAUUGAUGUGCGAUAAAGUGAGAGGGGCAUUUUUUAAUCCGGCAUAAACGUAAAAAUGCUGUUUAUGUACGAAUUUUCAAAUAGUUUAUUAUUACUCAUUUAAAUCUACUCGCGAUCACAGGUGUACGUCGAACAAAUAUGUUCGCUAUAUUUCACAACGGGGCAACAAAACGAAGACAACAAAAAUA